AUGUUCAGACAAGUGACAAAAUCAGCUCCAGUUAUCAGAGCCUCUCAAAGACUUUUUGCUAGAUCCUACAUUGCCGGUCAAUUCACCGGCACCAAGGGAUCAGACGGUAAAUAUACUGUUACUUUGAUUGAAGGUGACGGUAUUGGGCCAGAAAUUUCCCAAGCCGUUAAGGACAUUUAUGCUGCCGCUGAUGUGCCAAUUCACUGGGAACCAGUCGAUGUCACUCCAUUGUUGAUUGACGGUAAGACUACCUUGCCACAACCAGCCGUUGACUCUGUCAAUAAGAACUUGGUUGCCUUGAAAGGUCCAUUAGCCACCCCAGUCGGUAAGGGUCACACUUCCAUGAACUUGACUUUGAGAAGAACCUUCAACUUGUUUGCCAAUGUCCGUCCAUGUAAGUCCAUUGUUGGUUAUGACACUCCUUACGAAAAUGUUGAUACAGUUUUGAUUAGAGAAAACACUGAAGGGGAAUACUCGGGUAUUGAACAUACUAUUGUUCCGGGUGUUGUCCAAUCCAUUAAAUUGAUCACCAAGCCAGCUUCUGAAAAGGUCAUUAGAUACGCUUUUGAGUACGCUAAGUCUAUCAACAAACCACAUGUUCUUGUUGUCCAUAAAGCUUCCAUUAUGAAAUUGUCCGAUGGUUUGUUUGUCAACACUGCUAAAGAAGUUGCCCAAGAAUACCCAGAUGUCUCUUUGGACUUUGAAUUGUUGGACAACACCUCCUUAAGAUUAACUGCUGACCCAUCUCAAUACAAGAACGUUGUCAUGGUUAUGCCAAACUUGUACGGUGAUAUCAUGUCCGAUUUAUCAUCCGGUUUGAUUGGUGGUUUGGGUUUGACUCCAUCCGGUAACAUGGGUAACAAGGUUUCUAUUUUCGAAGCUGUCCAUGGUUCUGCUCCAGAUAUUGCCGGUAAAGGCUUAGCUAACCCCACUGCCUUGUUAUUGUCAUCCUGUAUGAUGUUGAGACACAUGUCUUUGAACGCCGAUGCUGACAAAAUUGAAAAUGCUGUGUUGAAGACUAUUGCUUCCGGUCCAGAAAAUAGAACUGGUGACUUGAAAGGUACUGCUACCACCAAACGUUUCACUGAAGAAGUCAUUAAGAACUUAUAA